CAAAUUCUUCUAAAAUAUUUCAGGGACUUCAGAUUGAAAAAAGUGUUAAUGUUUUGCAAUAUACUUUCAAUUAGCUACACUAUGACUAACUUUAGACAAAAAGUUUUUAAAUCACAAUGUUAUGCCUAUAAUAUAGCGUAUCAAAAUUUCAUUCGAUAACAUUAAGAACGUUUUGCUCAAAAAAAUUUCUACAAUGAAUUAGAAGCUUUUGAAAAUGCAGCUCCUAGUUAAAAAAAAAUGUUUUCACGCACAGCGCAAUUCUCUCAGAGAGCCUCCGUCAAGGCGAAUUCCUGGCUCGGGCACACGCAAAUCGUUCGCUACAGGCUCGCGACAGGGUUGUCGGACCACGUGGUUUGAUAGUUCCAUAGGUCACUGGUUCAGAUCCGGUUCGAAGGACCAAUGCUUAAGCUACCUCUCGUAGCGAAACAGCAGGACGCUGGUCACUAACCUGCAAGCUUGCCUUCCAAAUUCCCUGCUUUUCUCCCCGUUACUGCGCCAAACUCUCUUAAUCAGUUAUAUUGAAUUAAAAAUAACACUAGUUUCAACAAUAACUUAAUAAUUUACUAAUUUAGGUCUAGAUUUACAAUUACUUUUACUAUUAAUAUUUGAUUUUUCAAUCUAAAAGUUCAGAGCGUUCAAUUUCACGAGUGCUCGCAGGUGGAAAAUUUUCACUAAUUUGAAUUUGAAUCGCAACUUGCUGCGAUGGGUUGCACCCCACGACGUCGGGACGCCCACGAUACCCGAGCAAAAAUGCAUACAUGGUGGUACUGUUGGCGACACUGGAUCUCAGAGAAGAGGCAAUUGAACCAACUUCUUCAGAACUCGGCGGUCUACAGCUCGAGACGUACCGAGAGCCGUGAAAGAUUCUUUGAAGCUGAGACUCCGGCGUCGCCCGAAGUCCCGUCUAAGACCAAAUCCCCGGUUUCCAUCCACGGCUGUUCCUCGUUCGUCCAACAGUAGCCGGCCGAGCCGGCCAGAUAUUGUAAGAAACACCACGUAAUACGUGACACCCACGCACAGAUUAGUAAAGUUAAAAUUGUACUCCUUUAUUACACCCCCACAUAUCCGAGGUCUGAUGAGCUAAUUUAGCUAAUUUCUAGAUUCACUCCAGCCGACAUUAAGACCAGAGAGGUGCUCCAAGUCGCGCUAGCCGUGAAAAGAGGUUGUUGUAGAACUCGGCCUGCCCAGGGAGCACGUGUGCUACUCUACCGACCAGUAACAGUAGGUAUGAAUCUCCAAGGACAAAAUUUCAUAUUUAUUUCCACUUAGAGUUACAUCUAUUUGUUUGUUACUGUACCUACUGACACAUUUGAUGAAUGACACCCAAAAUAAAUACGACGUCCUUAAUGGAUUUAAUCUGAAAUAUUUCAAAUUUACAAGAUUUCCAACACGACGUAAACAGGUAGAUAAGACAAAGUUUAUCAUUAGAAGUUAACCGAUUUUAUCUUAUCACUGCAUAACAAGAUCCAGCCUUCACAUGUUGUGACCGCAGUGGAUAUUGAACGGGACGGGCGAUUAUUGAGUCGGUAGCUUCGCCAUUCCGUAGUCAUCCACCACCAAUGUCUAUCAACUGUGACAUCAAAUUUGACGAGAAUCCCCAUGGAGUGUACCUCCCGGGUCAAACCCUGUCCGGGAACGUGGAUCUCCGGUUGGACGAACCGGUGGAGAUUAGAGGAAUCGCCCUCCAAAUAAAAGGUAUCGCGGAGGUAAACUGGUCCGAGACCACAGGUGAUGGAAGUAGCCGUCAAGUCAUUUACUACCAUGGACGGCAGGAUUACAUGAACUCCACCACAUAUUUAGCGGGCAACAAGGAUGGAGCUAUGCUUCAGUUACUGCCAGGGACCCAUUCAUUUCAGUUUUUGUUUGAUUUACCCGAAAACCUGGUCACCUCAGUGGAAGCCAAACAUGGUCACAUCCGGUACACGGUCAAGGUUAUCCUUGAGCGUUCCUGGAAAGUCGACCACUCGUACAAAGUGGCUUUCACGGUGUUGCGACACGUCAACCUUAUCGAGGAAAACUUUGCCGUACGUUUACCGUCCAAAAUGGCCAAAGUAAAGACCUUCUGUUGUGGACCAUGUGUUUCCGCGCCGAUACUCAUGACAGCCGAAACUCCGGUUUCCGGAUACGUUCCAGGCCAGACUAUAGCCGUCCGCAUCGAAGUCGACAAUCAGAGCCACAAAAACGUCUACGAAAUUGCCACCAAACUUCUACGGGAAGUGUCCUACAUCAGCCAAACCCCGUUCACCAAGGUCAAAUCAAAGCUAACAAUCGUGGCAGAAGUCCGGUGCAAGGGUGUACCAAAGCACAAAAAAGAUAUCUACGUACAAAAUCUAUACAUUCCACCCCUGCCUCCGACCAACAGAACCUGCCAAGUGCUGACAGUCAACUACAUAGUCGAAGUGGAAGGAAAGAUCUCCGGUCCAUCCACGAAUCCCAGAAUUCACAUUCCUAUCAUGUUGGGCACCAUUCCGCUGACGAACGAUGCCAUUCCCACCUUCGACAAAGAGCCAAACAUGACAUCGGCCAUAGUGGUUCAACCGGUGGCGUCCACUUCUAGUGCGAGCACCCACUUCAUACCGGCGGAUCUUCCCCCACCGAGUUACGAGGAAGCCAUCCACGCCAAUCGGGCCAACAUCCAGGAGGAGGGGGAAACCAACGAAAUCGGCUGCAAGGAUUUCACUCCGAGAUAUAUAAUUUAUCGGUUUGGGGGUAAUGGCUCAUCCGAGGGACCUGGUGGGCCGAAACCGGAGCAGGCCGACAUGGACGAAGAAGUAGUGCUGAGAAGGAAGAACUAUAGAUAAUAAUACCAUAUAAUUUUAAUGUGCAAUAAAGUAUUUACCUAAUAGCAAAAAUUAACAUUUCAAACUGUAAAAAAGAUCUCUCCAAAGUAUUUCUUCAAAUCUCUCAAAAAAUCUUCUUAGAAUCUUUCAAAAGCUCCUCUUCAAAUCUCUACAAAAAUCCUCUUGAAAUCUCUUCCAAAACCGUUUUGAAAUAUCUCAAAAAAUACCUUUGGAAUCUCUACAAAAAUCCUCUUAAAAUCUCUACAAAAAACCUCUUGAUAUCUCUACUUGAAAUCUCUCUAAAACCUUCUUGAAAUACCUGCAAAAAAACAUCUUGAAAUCUCUACAAAAAUCCUCUUGAAAUCUCUAAAAAAUCGUCUUCAAAUUAUACAAAAAUCCUCUUGAAAUCUCUACAAACAUAAUCUUGAAAUCUCUACCAAAAUGCCCAUGAAAUCUCUACAAAAUUCCUCUUGAAUUCUUCACAAAAAUCCUCUUGAAAUCUUCACAAAAAUCCUCUUGAUAUCUCUCCGAAAAUCCUCUUGAAAUCUCUCCAAAAAUCAUCUUUAAAUCUCUACAAUAAUCCUCUUGAAAUCUCUCCAAAAAUCAUCUUGAAAUCUCUAAAAAAUCGUCUUCAAAUUAUACAAAAAUUCUCCGUAAAUCUCUACAAAAAUCAUCUUGAAAUCUCUACAAGAAACCUCUUGACACCUCUACUUGAAAUCUCUCUAAAAUCCUCUUGAAAUCUCUACAAAAAUCAUCUUGAAAUCUCUACCAAAAUGCCCAUGAAAUCUCUACAAAAAUCCUCUUAAAAUCUCUACAAAAAACCUCAUGAUAUCUCUACUUGAAAUCUCUCUAAAAUCUUCUUGAAAUGUCUGCAAAAAACAUCUUGAAAUCUCUACAAAAAUCCUCUUGAAAUCUCUAAAAAAUCGUCUUCAAAUUAUACAAAAAUCCUCUUGAAAUCUCUACAAACAUAAUCUUGAAAUCUCUACCAAAAUGCCCAUGAAAUCUCUACAAAAAUCCUCUUGAAUUCUUCACAAAAAUCUUCUUGAAAUCUUCACAAAAAUCCUCUUGAUAUCUCUCCAAAAAUCCUCUUGAAAUCUUUGCAAAAAUCAUCUUUAAAUCUCUACAAUGAUCCUCUUGAAAUCUCUCCAAAAAUCAUCUUGAAAUCUCUAAAAUCAUCUUGGAUCUUUACAAUAAUUAUCAUGAAAUCUUUACAAAAAUCAUCUUGAAAUCUCUACAAGAAAACUCUUGACACCUCUACUUGAAAUCUCUCUAAAAUCCUCUUGAAAUCUCUACAAAAAUCAUCUUGAAAUCUCUACCAAAAUGCCCAUGAAAUCUCUACAAAAAUCCUUUUAAAAUCUCUACAAAAAACCUCUUGAUAUCUCUACUUGAAAUCUCUCUAAAAUCCUCUUGAAAUGUCUCCAAAAACCAUCUUGAAAUCUCUACAAAAAUGCCCAUGAAAUCUUUACAUAAAUGCUCUUGAAAUCUCUCUAAAAUCCUCGUGAAAUCUAUACAAAAAUCCUCAUAAAAUCUUUGCAAAAAUCAUCUUGAAAUCUCUCCAAAAAUCCUCUUGAAAUCAUUCCAAAAAUCAUCAUGAAAUCUCUACAAAAAUCCUCUUGAAAUCUCAAUAAAAAUUAUCUUAAAAUCUCUACAAAAAUCAUCAUGAAAUCUCUACAGAAAUAAUUUUGAAAUCUUUCCAAAAAUAAUCUUGUAAUCUCUACAAAAAUCCACCUGAGAACUCUCCAAAAACCAUCUUGAAAUCUCAACAAGAGCCCUCUUGAAAUCUCUACAAUAAAACUCUUGAUAUCUCUACUUCAAAUCUCUCUCAAAUCCUCUUGAAAUCUCUACAAAAAUCAUCUUGAAAUCACUCCAAAAUUUAUCUUGAAAUCUUCACAAAAAUCAUUUUGAAAUCUCUCCACAUAUUAUCUUGAAAUCUCUACAAAAAUCCUCUACGAAAAUCCUCAUGAAAUUUCUACAAGAAUCCUCUUAAAAUCUGUGCAAAACUCCUCUUGAAUUAUCUAAAAUAAUCCUCUUGAAAGCUCUACAAAAAUCUUUUUGAAACUCUACAAAAAUCCUCUUGAAAUCUCUACAAAAAAAUCUCUUGAAAUCUCUCCAAAAAUCAUUUUGACAUCCCUGCAAAAACCAUUUUGAAAUCUCUCCAAAAAAUCAUUUUGAAAUCUCUACAAAAAUCAUUUUGAAAUCUCUCCAAAUAUCAUCUUGAAAUCUCUACAAAAAUACUCUUGAUAUCUCUCCAAAAAUCAUCCUCAAAUCUCUACAAAAAUCCUUAUGAAAUCUUUACAAGAACCCUCUUGAAAUCUCUGCAUAGCUCCUCUUUAAUUAUCUCAAAAAAUUCUCUUGGAAUCUCUACAAAAAUCCUCUUAAAAAUCUACAAAAAUUCAUUUGAAAUCUCAGCAAAAAUCCUCUUGAAAUUUUUACAAAAAUCCUCUUGAAAACCAUCCAAAAAUCCUGUUGAAAUCAUUCCAAAAAUCAUUUUGGAAUCUCUACAAAAAUCCUCUUGAAAUCUACAAAAAUAAUCUCGAAAUCUCUCCAAAAAUCAUCUCGAAAUCUCUACAAAAAUCAUCUUGAAAUCUCUCCAAAAAUCAUGUUGAAAUCUCUACAGGAAUCCUCUUGAUGUCUCUCCAAAAAUCAUCUUGAAAUCUCAACAAAAAUACUCUUGAAAUCUCUAAAAAUCCUCUUCAAAUCUCUCCAAAAAUCAUCUUGAAAUCUCUACAAAAAUCAUUUUAAAAUCUCUCCAUAAAUCAUCUUGAUAUCUCUACAGAAAUCCUCUUAAAAUCUUUACAAAAAUCCUCUUGAAAUCAAGAUGAUUUUCUUGAAAUCUCUACAAAAAUCCUCUUAAAAUAUUUACAAAAACACUCUUGAAAUCUCUCCAAAAGCCCUCUUGAAAUGAUACAAAUAUCCUCUUGUAGUCUCUACAAAAAAUCCUCUUCAAAUCCUUACAAAAAUCCUCUUGAAAACUCUCCAAAAAUCCUCUUGAAAUCUCUACAAAAAUCUUCUUGGAAUCUCUCUAAAACACCUCUUGAUAUCUCUACUUGAAAUAAUUCUAAAAUGCACUUGGAAUCUCUCCAAAAAUCCCCUUGAAAUCGCUACAAAAAGCCUCUUGAAAACUCUACAAA